AUGGACGACGCCGCGGUCGUCGACGCGCGCGCGGGCUGGCGCGCGACGCUCGAGACGACGGCGGCGAAGUGGCGGCCGACGGUCGAGCUCGGGGCGUUGUUCGCGGGAUGGUACUACUUCUCUAUCGCGUUUAACGUGUACCAAAAAGCGCUGCUGAAGGCGGUGCCGAUGCCGCUGACGGCGACCUUCUUGGAGCUGGCGAUAGGGAGCGCGCUGGUCGCCGCGUCUUGGGGGCUGGGGGCCAAGGCGAGGCCCGACGUGAAGACGUCGAUGCUGAAACCGAUCGCGACGCUGGGGAUGGUGCACAUGCUCGGGAACGCGCUGACGAAUGUGUCGCUGGGGAAGGUGGCGGUGAGCUUCACGCACACCGUCAAGGCGUUGGAGCCGGUGUUCAGCGUCGGCUUGAGCGCCAUUUUUCUCGGGAAUAUCCCGUCGCUGGCGAUGUGCGCGUCUUUGGUGCCCAUCAUCGCCGGGGUCAUGAUCGCCAGCGCGACUGAGGUGUCGUUCAACAUGGCUGGGUUCUUAUCCGCCAUGGGCUCGAACUUGACGUUUCAAUCGCGCAACGUGUUGAGCAAAUUCGUCAUGACUGGAGACGACAUGAAGAAGCUCGAUUACGUCAACUUGCUGGGCGUGCUCACCAUCGCGUCGACCGUGUUCGCGCUUCCCUUGGCGCUCGCGUUUGAGAGCUCGAAGAUGAACGUCGCUAGUAUCGUCGCCGGCGGCAUGCCGCUCGCGGUGGCUGGUAAAAAUCUCUUCAUGGCGGCGCUCUGCUUCCAACUGUACCAGCAGCUGAGCUUCAUGGUGCUUUCGAGAGUGAAUCCCGUGACGCACAGCGUCGGCAACUCCCUCAAGCGCGUCGCCGUGAUCGCCGCGUCUGUGAUCAUUUUCCGUAAUCCAGUGAGCACGACGAACAUCAUAGGCACCGCCCUGGCGAUUUUCGGCGUCAUUCUUUACGGCCGAGUCAAGAAGCAGAAGUCGGCGUGAGCUCGAGCCGCGCCGAGGCGCUGCUUCGCACGCCGUACGCAUCGCGCUUCGACGAUUCCGCGUCGAGCUACAAUUCUUGCGCGCGCAACGCAUUCUUUUACGCAGCGUUCCUGUACCUUAAUCCCUCCUUACCUUUA